AUGUCGAACAAGCCAGCCGUUCUCCGUCAGCUGAACAUCAAGUCAGGCAUAUCGAAAAGGGUGUUGAAGGAACACAUCCUGUAUGCAAAAGAAGCAGAAGAGCAACAGCGGAAACUCGAUAAGCUUAUCGCAAAUAACGCUGAAGAGUGGGACGUGAAAAGUGCCAGAAGGAUAUUGGAAGAGUCACACAGAAUGAUCAAGGAUUCUGAUAACCGUCUAGGCAAGGCGGUACAAGAUCUACGAGAACUCGUCGUGCGUAUUUCCGUCGUUUUCUAUCUUUGCUUUGCGCCCCCCCCUGAUGUGCGCGUCUUUUGGAAGCUGCGAGCCAAGUCCCAACCUGAGUUUGCGGAAGAUGUUGAACUGCUGCAUGCGGAGGAAGCAUUGGAGGAGGCGAGCGUGUAA